AGUAAAGUGUUUGAUUUAUUGUAUUAGUGUUAAGGUUCUCAUCAUAUUAAGAUCAAAACAGACCAUCAUAAAAUGGACUUCAUAUUGCUGAUUUAGAGGAAGGUAUCACAGAAGAAUAAUUAUAUGUUGAAUUUAGAAAGUUUGGAUAAAUUAAUUUCGUAAAAUUGCAUAGGUAUGAAUAUGAAAUCUUAAAAUAGAUAUCCUUUUAUUGGAAAGUCAAAGCAUUUUGCUUUCAUAUAUUUCUCAUCUCAAGAAGAAGCUCGUAAAGCAAAAGAAGCAAUGAA